CAUUCUCUCGUGUAUGAAGCCAACUCUUGUUGUAUGCAGCUUCCUGCAUAAGGGUCUUCAUCCCAAACAAUAACGAUGGCGGCCACUGAAAUAGCUAGGCAAGCGGGAGAAGGUGCACGUGCCGUCCCUCUCGCCGGCCAUGUCGGUUUCGACAGCAUGCCUGACCAGCUGGUCAACAAGUCUGUCAACCACGGCUUUUGCUUCAACAUCCUCUGCAUUGGGGAGACGGGCCUGGGAAAGUCCACUCUCAUGGACACCCUGUUCAACACCAAGUUCGAGGGCGAACCCACCCAGCACAACCAGCCGGGCGUGCAGCUCAAGUCCAACACCUACGAGCUCCAGGAGAGCAAUGUGCGCCUCAUGCUGACCGUGGUCAACACUGUGGGCUUUGGAGACCAGAUCAACAAAGAGGACAGCUACAAGUCUAUUGUGGAGUUUAUCGACACCCAGUUUGAGGCCUAUCUGCAGGAGGAGCUGAAAAUCAAGCGCACGUUACACAGCUACCAUGACACACGCAUCCAUGCCUGUCUGUACUUCAUCGCGCCCACCGGACACUCCCUCAAGUCCCUGGACCUGGUCACUAUGAAGAAACUGGACAGCAAGGUCAACAUAAUCCCCAUCAUCGCCAAAUCAGACGCCAUCUCCAAAAGCGAGCUGACCAAGUUCAAGAUCAAGAUCACCAGUGAGCUGGUCAGCAACGGUGUUCUGAUCUACCAAUUCCCCAUCGACGAUGAGACGGUGGCAGAGAUCAACUCCACCAUGAACGCCCAUUUGCCGUUCGCCGUGGUGGGAAGCACGGAGGAAGUGAAGAUCGGCAACAAGAUGGUGAAAGCGCGGCAGUACCCCUGGGGAACGGUACAGGUGGAGAAUGAAAACCACUGUGACUUUGUGAAGCUGAGAGAGAUGCUAAUCAGGGUGAACAUGGAGGAUCUUAGAGAGCAGACUCACACCAGACACUACGAGCUCUACCGUCGCUGCAAGCUGGAGGAGAUGGGCUUCAAGGACACAGACCCCGACUGCAAACCCUUCAGUCUGCAGGAGACGUACGAGGCCAAGAGGAACGAGUUCAUGGGAGAGCUGCAGAAGAAAGAGGAAGAGAUGAGGCAGAUGUUCGUCCAGAGAGUCAAGGAAAAGGAGGCUGAGCUGAAGGAGGCCGAGAAAGAGCUGCACGAGAAGUUUGACCGGCUCAAGAAGCUGCACCAGGAUGAGAAGAAGAAGCUGGAGGACAAGAAGAAAUCCCUGGAUGACGAGCUCAACGGCUUCAAGCAGAAAAAGACGGCCGCUGAGCUCCUACAGUCCCAGGCUCUGCAGGCAGGGGGCUCCACCACACUCAAGAGGGACAAGGAGAGGAAAAAUUAACUCCUCCACUUGCUGCAUGCUGCAUGAGGCAUCUUGUCCUGUUAAGGAUUCCUGUAGGAAUGAUUUUUCACCCAAUCCCUGGCAGUGCCAUGCUGUUCUCUGUGCCCUCCAGCCCUCCCCCUCUCCCCCAUUCCAAACCCCACACAUGCCCCUGCACUGUGGAAGAAUCCAGCCAUUACUGUGAAUGGGAAUCCUUGACUCAAACACAUCCUUUUUGCGCUAAAGAUGCUUGUUUUUGUAUGUUCUUUUUGUUACGAGCCAUCAUCCUCUGUUUGCCUGUUUGCUUUCUGUUGGAAAGUAGAUUUAUUUUCUUGUUGUUUUUGUUGUUGACCUGUUCUGCAUGACUGAGUGUGCUUUUUACUUUUACAUGCACAACUACUGUUGUGACAGGCAGGAGUUUGUGGAGGCUAAGGUGAAAUGUAUAUCAGCUGUGGUCUGACCAGGCCAGUGGAGUGGGUGUUUUUGUGUGUGUGUGGACACAUGUUUACUAUACUUGUAAGUACCAGAAGUAUUCUCAAGAAUAGUAAACCAACUAAAAUUCAGAGAAGUGAGGACAUUUUGUUGGUCCUCACUUGUAAAUAUGACUAUUUUAGGGUUAGAUUUUGGGUUAGAAUUAGGGUUAAGAUUAGGUUAAGAGUUAGGGUUAGCGGUUAGGGAAAAUUAGAUUUUGAAUGGAAAUCAGUUGUUGGUCCCCCAAAAGAUCUCACUAGUAUAGUAAGACAUAGCUGUCUGUGUGCGUGCUCAUUAGCAUCUUCCGGUCCAUGUUUCAGACCACCACUAUUCUACACACUACCAGGGUAUAAUCAACCACUCCAAUAGUAUGACAUUAUGACGAUGUGCGCUGAUAUCGUGUUGCAAUAUAAUGUGUAAUUAUAAAAAAUUAAGACACUAUUAUUGCAUGUUUUGAAUGAGGGCAUGUUGUCCACCACCUAUCAAGAGAGUAGCCUAGUUCCAGAUCUGUUUGUGCUUUUGCCUGCUCGUAACAUGGCAUGAAUAAUGAGUGACAGGGAGUUGGCAUGAUAGCACAAACAGACUGGCACUCAGGCUAUGGAGAGAGUGAGCGUUAGUCAACUGCUGAUGUUAUUUCAUCUUAGCCUGGUGCAUGUGCAAAUAUGAAUGAUUUCUUGUCAUGUCUUUGCCCAUCCCUCAUUGUUUUUCAUAUACUUGUACACUAUCUGCAUACUUGUUAGCUUUUCACGUUUGCACAUUUUACACAAAUGUGAUUUUGUAUAUUUCCAGUGCAAUUGUGACUUUUAGAUUUUUUUUUACAUAUAACAUCAUAUUUGAAGCCUUUUAACCAAAUAACAAUAAUGUAGGGAUCAGUAUUAAACUUGUAUCAGUGUUACACAAAAAAUACUUCAUCUCCAAGGGAAAUAAAGAGGGAAUUUCACCAAAUAUUUCAACUGUGGCCACGAUUAUUGUGUAUGAAAUAUUUAAUGAAGCAGUAACAUAGUACGUAAGUGGGUUCUGCAUGUGAGGAUAUUAGGGUUUCACAUAGAUUCUGAUUACAGUUGAAAACACUAGCUUUGGUCUACAUAUUUAACUCUCAUUCAAGGGUUUUGAGAUAUCACGCCAUUGUUAUUGUCAAAACAACUCUCCUUACAGAGCUUUACAGAGCAAAAUUGUCUGCUAACCUGAAUUCAUAGGGCUGGAUCCUAACUUGGGACGUAACUUGGAAUUUCACAUAAAUCCUGAAUUGAAUUCAGUGGGAGACUUGCAUGAGCAUUUAAGUUAGGUGCUCAAAUGUCAAGUUAGUAUUCAGUCUUAUACUACUGCACUGCUUUUGUCUGAACAGACUGAGCCAGCAGUCAUUCUCCAUCCCUCCUAGAGAAACAGGAUUUCGUAGCAUUUCGCUACACUCGCAUUAACAUCUGCUAACCAUGUGUAUGUGACAAAUCAAAUUUGAUUUUGAUUUGGGGAUAGGAACACUCCUGUAUUUGGCAGAUUGUGUGAGUGCCAAUGAGAUUGUUGGGUUUUAUUUUCCAAUCCACUUCCUUCAUAUCUGUAUCUUGAGGACAGGGUGUUGUUUAUCAGAAAAACAUUUCCACCCUCCAAAAACAUGUCUGUGUGUCCUUGCUCAAUAUAAUCAUGUGGGACAGUUGGCCUGACGAGUGUCCACAGAUGUGGGCCUUUUGUUGCCAUCUAAAUGUAUUGAAAUGGUCUCUUAUACGCUUACACAUUCUUGUACAAGGGUGUAGUAGGUAUGGUUUACAACUUCUCACAAUCCCUUCUCAAGUUGCUCUUUGUCUCAACGUUUCUGGGGAACUGUUGUCCUCAGCUCUUUGGGUUGGCAGGGUGUGCCUUGGUGUGUGGUGUCAUUCACACCCUGCUUCAGUCCCGCUGUUCACUGCUCUAUGUAUUUACCUUUCCUUUGCAGUAAUCCCUGGCUCUGCACUGAGUAGGUGCUUCCACCCUCAAGCUUUGCUAAGGGACCAGGCUUUGUGGGUAGCCGGUACCCCAAGGCUGAGGAGAGGCAUUGCGGACCCUGGUUUAAAAAAACAUUAAUCUGCUCUAUGUACUAACUAAAAGAUACCCCUAUACAGUUGAAGUCGGAAGUUUACAUACACUUAGUUUGGAGUCAUUAAAACUUGUUUUCAACCACUCCACAAAUUUCUUGUUAACAAACUAUAGUUUUGGCAAGUCGGUUAGGACAUCUAAUUUGUGCAUGACACAAUUCAUUUUUCCAACAAUUGUUUACAGACAGAUUAGUUCACUGUAUCACAAUUCCAGUGGGUCAGAAGUUUACAUACACUAAGUUGACUGUGCCUUUAAACAGUUUUGAAAAUUCCAGAAAAUGAUGUCAUGGCUUUAGAAGCUUCUGAUAGGCUAAUUGACAUAAUUUGAGUCAAUUGGAGGUGUAUCUGUGGAUGUAUUUCAAGGCCUACCUUCAAACGCAGUGCCUCUUUGCUUGACAUCAUGGGAAAAUGAAAAGAAAUCAGCCAAGACCUAAGAAAAAAAAUUGUAGACCUCCACAAGUCUGGUUCAUCCUUGGGAGCAAUUUCCAAACGCCUGAAGGUACCACAUUCAUCUGUACAAACAAUAGUACGCAAGUAUAAACACCAUGGGACCAUGUAGCCGUCAUAUCGCUCAGGAAGGAGACGCAUUCUGUCUUCUAGAGAUGAACGUACUUUGGUGCGAAAAGUUCAAAUCAAUCCCAGAACAACAGCAAAGGACCUUGUGAAAAUGCUGGAGGAAACAGGUACAAAAGUAUCUAUAUCCACAGUAAAAUUAUUCCUAUAUCGACAUAACCUGAAAGGCUGCUCAGCAAGGAAGAAGCCACUGCUCCAAAACUGCCAUAAAAAAGACAGACUACGGUUUGCAACUGCACAUGGGGACAAAGAUCGUACUUUUUUGAGAAAUGUCCUCUGCUCUGAUGAAACAAAAAUGAAACUGUUUGGCCAUAAUGACCAUCGUUAUGUUUGGAGGAAAAAGGGAGAGGCUUGCAAGCCAAAGAACACCAUCCCAACCGUGACGUAUGGGGGUGGCAGCAUCAUGUUGUGGGGGUGCUUUGCUGCAGGAGGGACUGGUGCACUUCACAAAACAGAUGGCAUCAUGAGGGAGGAAAAUGAUGUGGAUAUAUUGAAGCAACAUCUCGAAGACAUCAGUCAGGAAGUUAAAGUGGCCAUCACAAAGCCCUGACCUCAAUCCCAUAGAACAUUUGUGGGAAGAACUGAAAAAGCCUGUACAAGCAAGGAGGUCUACAAACCUGACUCAGUUACACCAGCUCUGUCAGGAGGAAUGGGCCAAAAUUCACCCAACUUAUUGUGGGAAGCUUGUGGGAGGCUACCUGAAACAUUUGACCCAAGUUAAACCAUUUUUAAAGGCAAUGCUACCAAAUAUUUAAUUGGCUGUAUGUAAACUUCAUACCCACUGGGAAUGUGAUGAAAGAAAUAAAAGCUGAAAUAAAUCAUUCUCUACUAUUAUUCUGCCAUUUCACAUUCUUAAAAUAAAGUGGUGUUCCUAACUGACCUAAAACAGGGACUUUUUACUCGGAUUAAAUGUCAGGAAUUGUGAAAAACUGAGUUUAAAUGUAUUUGGCUAAGGUGUAUGUACACUUUCAACUUCAACUGUAUGUAUAUCACUGCUGCUCUAACUAUAUGUGCUCACUAUGUGGCUUAAUCUUAAUAUCUUGUCUAUGGCUAUGCCUUUUGUCAUGUCGUGUGGUUUUGCUGUGCUGACUUUGACUAAUAUCAGCAUUUGCUCUUUGUUUCUGUAAGAUUGACAUUUCUGGACUAUGUUGUUGUGCAUGUCUUGGUAGUUUUUCCAUCAUAUUAGGUUUAUUAAUAUUGUCCAUGUUUGAUUUAUUAAAUGACAUUGAAUACCCUUUUGGGAUUUUCAGAGGACAUAAUAUCUGCUGCGAGCUGUUAAUUAGACUUGUUUCGAUGAAGGGAUUAAGCUAUUUAUUAAAUGUUUUAAAUCAGUAUUAUGCUCAAAUCGAAUUAGUCAGCUAUAGUAUGGUAUUAUAUAAGUAGUUUUUUUUACGACACUGACAGUACAUUUGUAAUGUAGUUUGUGUAAUUUGAAGUACAGUAGCAACUAUACAUGCCUUAGGAAAACCCAAAUACUUUCUGUCUUUCCUCCCAAAAUGUCAGUAAUCCUUGUUUCUUAUUUAUCUUGAACCCUGCCUUCUGGUAAGCACUGUUGCCUGGGCCUCUCUUGUAACUUUGCAUUUGUCUCUUCCUCUCUCUAGCUUCUUUUAAUCUGUCUUGCCCACCUGUCUGAAGAGGGGAUUGCAGCUUCAACGAGAACUAAGCACCCGUUUCCUCUUCCUGUCUUUUCUCUCUGCAUUAACCUUUUUUAAACUUCUAUCUCAUCUGCUUUGUUGACCAUGGCCUAAUGUGGGCUUCACAUGGUAUUUUUUGGAUAGUUUACGUUUUGUCACCUAAUCAAGGUACACUUUGGCUGGUGAGAGUCCUUCACACUUAAUAUUAUGCAGCUCCGUCUUGGUGUAUGAAUGAACAAAGCUUUGCUGAGGUAGGAUUCUAAACGGUUGUUCAAGAGAAACACAUCGAAUCAGGUUUCAUCAUACCAAUUGUAACAGAGCCAAGGCUCUGGAUUAAUUUAUAUUUUUCACAAAACUAUCUGAAUUUCAUUAACAGUUCAUUUUAAGGAAGUCUUUGUGUAAUAACAUUCAAUCAUAUAUUACAUCCAUUUUGAGAAGGGCUGAUUCUGUUUGAAAUAACCGAUACUAUUACAAAUAACCUAUAUGAUUAAUGUGCUCCUCAUUCAAAGGGGGAGUUAGUUUUGAAUAAAAAUAGCAUAACCCAGAUCUCAAUAAAACACUGAUAAAACCAAAAUACAUUCAUUUGGUGAUUGAUAGAGCAAAGUGUGACAUCUAACCAUACAUGUGUGACUAGUAGAUACUUUUGUCAGUUAAAAACCAAAAGACAAUUGCGAUCCAAAACAGUGAUCUUUAUGUUCACUGCAUAGGUUGUUUCAUUGCAACUUAGAAGAGCCAGAGCCGUAUUCAUGUCAAGCACUUAUUUAGUGAAAACACCCUUUCCGUUCUGAAAUACCAUGUAGGUCACAUUUAAUGCCCUUUACACAUUGUGCUUUAACUACCAUCACCCUAUUCUGUAUUUUGCAUGUCUAAUGCUCUUUUAUUUCAUCACUUCUGUGAUCUUGACCUUUUGCUCCCAUAGCUGUUUUCUCACCUAACAGUUCCGUCUUGCACUAUUUCACAUUUGGUGCUCUAUAUUGUUUGGAUCAGUUUUAUCUUGUGUAGUACUCCUUGUUAUACCCUUCUCCACAAUUUUCAGCAUCCAUAUUGCCAAAUAUUACAAUGAGAUGGAGUUGAAUCCUAGGUACAGAUGGAAAUAUUUGUAUAAUUUAUAAGGAUAUAUUUUGUGUAUUGAAGUGGAGACCUGUUUAUGAGAUAUGAUCUUUGGAUGUGACUCUUCUCUCUGUGUAGUUACAUUUUGGUGUAAGAAAUUGUCAUACAUUUUUCUAGCAUCUGCCAUAAUCACCCCUCCUAGUGAAUUAUCUGUCCACACCACAAAUGAAUUAUGAAAUAUUUUAUUGUAGUUUGAUUCCAUUGAUGUACUUUUUCAAUAAAAUUAUGAAAAUAAAG